AUGGACGUGUCGAAUGCGCGCCCAAUUGCUAUUCUAGCUGGAUACCUGGUUGCCUGUGCAGCACUGGCAGCGAUUUGCAUUAGUACCAUCUACCGCCAAGCCGUGUCUUCAAAGGCUGCAUCGCGUCGCCGAUAUGCAAUCAUCGUCUUCAGCGCUUUGGCUGCUUUGAGCCUUGCCACCACUUGGUACCACAUGUUUUGUUUCUUCAAAUGGUCCUAUCAGCAAUGGGAAUCAACGCGUCUUGACAAGCUUGACGAUGAGCUUCACCUUGGAGAAUGGUUGCGUGACACGAAACUUUUCAAGCAGGCUUGGGUGUCAACUCUAGAGCAGCCCCAACGAGUGUUCUGGUCGCUGCAAAUAUUUGCUUUCUGCGCGAAUUGGAGCGUGAUGCUGGCAUGGCAAGAUACGAAAAGAAGAAUCCCCCAUCUUUGGAUCUUUAUGCUCUUGGGUCAGAUUGUAGCUAUUUCCUUUGCUGCGAAUCUGUCUUUCCUGGCAUUCCUUGUUUUCGAGGAUCCGGAUACGUCAAUCGAUACCGUUAAUCAGGAGAAGACCGUAUCAUCAUCCUCAACCAAGAGCCACUCACUGCUACGCAAAUCAUGGUUUGCAGUCCUAGUAGUUACAAUGGGCUGCGCCGUCGCCAUCCCAAGCAAACUCGAUCAUCCCAAGUUCAUGUAUCUUCUCCUCGCCCCUCACGCUCUGGCCUUUGUACCACUACUCAUGAACAAACUCAUUGGCAGUCGGGAGCCCGUAGUGAUGGAUGAACAACCACCGCAAAAGGUUCGGGCUGGCGUCAGGGCCCUUGUUGCUGGAGUCUGCAUUUAUCACUUACUCAGUCCAGCAGCAAGCUGCUGGGGAGUUGCCACGAAAGCUCUGUAUGAGCAUCCAGCAGUAAGCAGUGUUGGGUGGGAUGUCAUUUGCUGUUGGAUUAGUUUCUUUGCUUGGUUUUAUGUGCGAUGGGCCGAUAACUUCGAGAAGAAAUAUGGCUUCCGUCCUUUUUCCACUCGGCCAGUUGAAGAGUAG